AUAUUUAUCAGUGCCAGAACCAGGAAGCAAAACAACAGAAUCAAAAGAAGUUACAGUUCGUACAGUAUCCGCCUAAACUGGUAAACGUCAACUGCUAUUUUGCCAGUACUGAAUUGUGUAUAUAAAUAUGCCUUGUGUUUUGUAACAAAGGGAUUUUAUUAUAGUUAUUAUAGCUUUUUAGAGGCGAGUUUUUUCGGUUUUGAGUUUGCUGUUUCGUCAGAAUUAUGACGAUCAAUGCGCGUUCAAUUAUUGGCGUUUUAAUAAUAUAGUAGAUUGGGGUAGAACGAUAUAUGUUUUAUUUUUAUCGUAUUCUAACGAAUCUAAAACAACGUUGUUAAUUGUUAAAAACACGAUUAGGAAAUAUGGGAUAUUGCGUUCUAACGGUAUCCAUCUUACCCUACAGUACUAUAGGUAUAUUACUGUCUUAAAUUUUUGGGCGGAAAAGGUGCGCCAUGAUAGAGUUACUAGCGCCGUCUUUUGACAAGUUUAGCUGGGUCUUAAUUGGGGCUUUUAUUCUUCCUGUACUAAUAUGGCAAUGGGUAAAAAGACCCAAGAAUUUCCCCCCGGGACCUGUGGGUCUCCCGAUCCUAGGCGUUGCAGGAAGCUUGAUCAACAGAGCAGAGGUCUCACUAAUGAAAAUGAGUUGGACUCACGGUCCUAUUAUGGGGGUGAAACUACUACGAAAGUUCACAGUUGUUCUUAGUAGUGUGGAAGCAAUGCAGAACGCCCUUGUAAAGCAAGGUCACGCUUAUGCAGGGCGCCCUGACAGUAUUAUGUUUCAAGCCUUUACUGGUGGACGAGGCGUUCUUGCUAUUGAUGGGCCAAGAUGGAAAGAAAACAGGAGGUUUGGGACAGUUACCCUACGGAAGUUAGGGGCGGGAAGAGCAAUUAUGGAGGAGAGAAUCGUGGAUGAAGCGAUGUACUUCUGUGAGGCAUUACAGAUAAUUCAGAAGAAGUCUUUCAACAUUACGAAACUCAUAACUCACUCUAUGGCAAACGUUAUAUGUGGACUGGCAUUCGGUGAGCGUUUCAACUACGAUGACAAGAGGUUCAUUUCAACUGCAAGAGCUUUGGUGGAUUGGUUUAACGACAACUCUAAUGUUUUUAUGUUACUGGUGUUUGCACCUUUCUUACGUCACUUCUGGCCGUUCACUAAUGCUGUAAAGAGUUUGAAAUCCGCACGGGAAAAGUUAUACACCAUGCUGAUACCGAUCAUCGACCGACACAGAGAAACUGUUGACGAUUACGACUACAGAGAUUUCAUUGAGGCUUAUCUACAAAAAAUAAGUCAGACAAGAGAUGACCCGACUUCAUUCUACAGUGAUAAAGAGCUCUUAGGGAAUGUACGUGACUUAUUCGUUGGUGGAACUGACACCACAGUAAAUACACUACGUUGGACAAUAAUAUAUCUUAUUAAUCGACCAGAGGUGCAAAAGAAGAUUCAAAAGGAAAUUGAUCGAGUUAUAGGACCUGACGCUCGGCCCAAAAUGAGCCAUCUAGAUGACAUGCAUUAUACAAACGCCUUCAUGCACGAAAUGCUUAGAAUCCGUACACCUGGACCUCUUGGACUUGCACAUAGAACUACAGAGCCGACUAAGCUUAUGGGAUACGACAUACCAGAGAACACCCAAGUAAUUACAAACUUCUGGGCCGUACACCAUGAUCCCAAACUUUGGGACCAACCAGAAGAAUUUAUACCGGAAAGAUUUCUAGAUAAAGAUGGGAAAUUUGUUAAGAAUGCUAACCUAGUCCCAUUCUCUAUGGGUUCAAGAUACUGUAUGGGGGAAACAGUUGCCCGAAUGGAAUUCUUUCUCUUUGUAGUAACAAUGCUACAACGGUUCCACUUACUUCUACCAACUGAUGAUUCGGAAAAGAUAACAGAAGAAUGCCUUAGAUCUGGUCAAUUUCUGAUUCCCCCAAGCCACAACAUGAGAGUAAAAGAAAGAUUUACAAGAGAGCAAUCCAUCUUUGAAUACAACAAACAAAUGUGGGAGUAAAGAACAACUGCAUACAAACACAUAUUUCUAUAAACAUUUUCGAUUACCUGGAACUUAAUAUGUAAACAUGGCUGGAUUUGGAAGACCACAGCCUUUUGGAGCUAUAAGGAAUUUCUGCUAAUCAAACUAUUAAAGUUAUUGCAUAUAUAAGUUCAAAGUGUCUCGCAAGUACUGAAACGUUAUAUUAAUUAGGUAGGGUUGGGGAAGAUGGGACACCCCUAGCACAUAGUAUUCAAAUAUCCUGAUCGUGUUUUAAACAAUUAACAACGGUAUAUAUGAAAGCCGGGAGGAUACGGUUUAUAAUUUUUGAAUAUCCUUUGUUUACUACCAAAUGGAACGAGAAAUCAGAAGGAAAAGGGGUCUUAUCUUUCCCUGCACUACUAUAUAUAACGUUUCAGUAAUAUUACCGUAUAACGAACGUUAUGGUCGAUUACGGUUGAAAUCCAGCUCUGCUGAGUGAAAUAUUUUGGCACCGUAACACUUAUCGUAUAACUAUGACUAUUAAUGGUCUUUUAUAAAUUUGAUGCAUGGAUUGCAGUUUUGGGCGUUAGUGUAUAAUUCCCUAUAUGUAUUGUUUGUUGUGUAUAAGUAUAUAGCUAUGUUUGUGUUAUACACAGAAUAAAAUAAUGUGAUAUUG